GGUUGAAUGGUUUGCAUGCCCGAAUUUCCAGUCAAAGAAGCCUAAUCUUACAAGCCAAUUAACUCUAUAAAUACCCACAUGGACUCCUGCAAACUCCAUUAUCGAUCUCAUAUACUUCCUUGCACCAACAAAGCAUCAGUUUGAUCUCUAGCUAGAUAUAAAGUACUUGUUAAUUUGUUUUUGACGUCAAUUAGCAUGGCAACCACGCUCAAAUCUCUCAGCUUCUUUGUCAUUCUCUUGAUGGUGAUCUCCCUCUUCUUCAUUGGGACUACUGAAGCCCGUCCCUUCAACAUCAUGAAGUCAGGAAACUCUGCUGCUAGCGGAGGUACUGAGAGUUUCUUUGAUGUGUUAUCACUUGAAGGAAUUAAAGAUGGUCCUAGUCCUGGUGUAGGACAUGGGUUUAUCAACAGUGAAAUACUUGGAGAAAUUAAAGAGGGUCCUAGUCCUGGUGUAGGAAAUGAGUUCACCAACAGUGAAAUACUAGGCGGGAUUAAGGAUGGUUCUAGUCCUGGUGCAGGACAUGAGUUCACCAACAGUGGGAUACUUGGUGGAAUUAAGGAGGGUCCAAGCCCUGGUGCAGGACAUGCAUUCACUAAUAGUGGAACACUAGGCGGGAUUAAGGAAGGUUCUAGUCCUGGUGUAGGACAUGCGUUCACUAAUAGUGGGACACUUGGAGGAAUUAAGGAGGGUCCAAGCCCUGGUGUAGGACAUGAGCUCACCAACAGUGGAACACUAGGCGGGAUUAAGGAGGGUCCUAGCCCUGGAGUAGGACAUGAAUUCACCAACAGUGGGACACUUGGAGGAAUUAAGGGGGGUCCAAGCCCCGGCGUAGGACAUAGGUUCACCAACAGUGGAACACUAGGAGGAAUUAAGGAAGGUCCAAACCCCGGUGUAGGACAUGAGUUUACUAGUAGUGGGACUUUUGGAGGAAUUAAGAAGGGUCCACGUCCUAGUAUAGGACAUAAGUUUACUAAAAAUAGGAUACUUGGAGGAAUUAAAGAGGGUCCAAGUCCUUGUUGUGGAAACAAAUACACUACCGGCACCAAGCAUUGACUCGUGUUUAGCCACAACAAAUAUUUAAGUUAUUCUUUUUUAUUUAAUA